AAUCCCUAAACAUCCCUUCAUACCUCUGUGUUUAUGUGUCAGAUUGAGAGAUAUGUGAAGGACAGUCUGAAUGUGGAGAUGGCUCAUCUACAGCAGAGUGCUGUCCACAACCACACAGCUGCCAUCUUGGAUCUAGGCACCAACCUCCUGACCCAGACUGCCCAGCACACACGGAAACUGACAGACGUAGAGAUCCAGGUGUUGAAUCAGACCUCCAGGCUGGAGAUUCAGCUCCUGGAGAACUCUCUGUCCACCAACAAACUGGAGACCAAGCUCCUCCACCAUUCUACAGAGAUCAGCAAGCUACACGACAAGAACAGGCUCUUGGAGCAGAAGAUGCAGGAGCUGGAGUCUGGGCACCAUGAGGAGCUGGUCACCUUACAGGAGGAGAGGUCCAGCCUGCAGCAGAUGGUAGCCAGACAGAACAGUGUGAUCACAGAGCUACAGACCCAUCUGGACCAGGCCACUGGCAACAACAGUAUCCUGCUUAGCCAACAACAGCAGCUCACUGACACCGUCAACAGUCUGCUGAAGCUCUGCUCUAUGGACAGAGGGUCUGGAGUGGUCCCAAACAGCAACCUUGCCUUUAAGCAGAGCGAUUCAUCUCAUGAGGAGAGAAAGUAUCGGGACUGCUCUGAAAUCUUUCAAGCUGGCUUCAACAACAGUGGAGUAUAUACUAUUCACAUCAACACACAGGAGACCAAAAAGGUUUACUGUAACAUGGAGGCACAGGGGGGAGGAUGGUCCGUCAUUCAGAGGAGAAAAGACGGAACCAUGGACUUCCGGAGGACAUGGAAGGAGUACAAGAUGGGCUUUGGGAGUCUGUUUGGAGAACACUGGCUGGGGAAUGAGUUUGUGUUCCUGCUGACCAGUCAGAGGCCCUACAACCUGAGGGUGGAAGUGACCGACUGGGACGGACAGCAGGCCUUCUCCCACUAUGGCCGUUUCUACAUCGGCAGCGAGAAGCAGAAUUACAGGCUGUUCCUGAAGAGUCACAGUGGAACGGCAGGCAGACAGAGCAGCCUGGUCAUCAACGGAGCAGACUUCAGUACCGAGGAUAUGGACAACGACAACUGCAUCUGCAAAUGUGCUCUCAUGCUUACCGGGGGUUGGUGGUUCGAUGCCUGUGGACCAUCGAACCUGAACGGGAUGUACUACAGUCAUGGUCAGAACAUGGGUAAACUGAAUGGGAUCAGGUGGCACUACUUCAAAGGGUCUAGUUACUCUCUCCGUGCUACCACCAUGAUGAUACGACCAGCAGACUUCUGAGAGGAUCUUUUGGUGACUGUCGUUGGGUACGUUGUCCAGAGACAUAUUGGCAUCAUUAGCCAUGUUUCCAUCAAACAGUUUUUAUGCGAUAAUGUACUGUCCUGUUGCAUAAAAGAAAGUCACAACAGGUGUGACGGAAACACAAAAUACAAGGUGGGAUAAUUGCUUGUACUUUGACUUGAGAAAAAUUAGCAACAUAAUUUUGCUUUCUAUGAGGAACUUGGAUUCUGACUUUCUGGUGCUUACAUGUCCUCUUGAAAGAUAUUGAUUGUUUGAGACAGUAUGCUUGAGCACCAGCUCUGCAAUGAAUCAAACUGUAGAAGUGGGUUACAUGAAGAGGAUAUGAAUGUAAGACUUGGUGCUUUUGAAAGACUUUCAUUUGUCUCGCUUUCAUUUCUCUUUUCAUUUGACUCUCAUUUGUCUCUCUUUUCAUUAGUCUCUUUUCAUUAGUCUCUUUCAUGUAUCUGUUGUGUAUUGUUCUUCUAUGGGUAAGGUAUUCCUGUUAACACGUUGUGAAUCAGUGUACUGCUCUCUUAGUCUGCACAGUGGGCAGAGAUGCCUGAUGGCCUAGACUGGAUACACUUAAGAACACUGUUAUGGAUAUUAUUUGCCUAUACAGUGGAUUGCUGGUGUGUGUGUGGAGUGUACUGUGUUCUAAAUCAUUAUGUUUAAGGCAAGGUGUCUAAGUGUGUCUCACCACACUUUAAUAUUUAAUGGAAUAGAGAUAAAUAAUUGAUGUCUUCACUUUCAUGUAAGUUUUGUACUAAUUUGCAUCAUCUAUUGGGGCCUUUGUUGAACUUUGUGUCAAUGACAAAAGUACUUUUUUUGUGC